GGCAGUUUUCUGAAGAUGAACAUGUAGCAGAGAGGAACAGCGAUGAGGGGUGCAAGCUGAGGCCUAGAACUGAGCCUGAGGAAACAACACUGUCGGCAGAGUCCACGGACUUUAGCACAAUUUUAUCCAGAAGUCAGUUGGUGAUCACAAAAGGUGCACACAGGAGGGGGGAAAAUGCAGUGCACUCCUGAAUCGAACCUCGAGAGCUGCAAAAGCCACCACUGUUAUGACUGCUCUGAUAGUGGAUACUCAGGUUUGUUCCACAGCCCGCAGAGCAGCAGUGGAGUUAAAUCCUGUAAGUCCUUGUCUCCAGUAGAAUUCAGUGAAACACAUAAAGAGAACCUCAGGCUUUCCGUCACACCUAAAGAGAGGAACAGAGAAUCAGUUCAGUUUUUGGGAAAAGAUCUCGGGGGAAUACAGCAGCAAUCAGCAGUUAGCUGGUGUGAAACCCCUAAAAGAGAUUCCUCAUUGCGACAAAGGCUUCAUAUGUGCAGGCCCACCACAGCUGUCAAAACUGACAACACAAGAUCACCAUGCACCAGAAGGACCGAAUCCUCCAUCAGUGUCAUGUCUGAACACUGGCUCAGUGCAUCGUUUGACUCUCCAGAAACCAUGACAAGGGAUUUGGUAUCAAGCACUUUAAAACUGGAGCAGGUUCUGCCCCUAUCUGGUAGGAAACGCCGUCUCCUAUUCACACAGGUGAGGACCUCCACUCUUGAAGAUGGUAAAGUCAGCUCUGGUCACCUUUCCACUUUUGGGAGAAGAGUUUCACUCUCAGAUGCAGAUUUCACUGAGAGCAUUUCUGCCUCUGAUCAAAUUAAUACUGAGACUCAAUGCAUUAGCAAAUUCCUGCCUGCCUCAUCAAAGGAAAACGCUCAAUCACCAAUCAGCAAUGUGACAAAUAACCUAUAUGACAGCUCAAGUGUCUUGUGUACACCAUUAUCCACGCAUACACCCAAAUACAUCAGGUCUGUGAGUGAAGACAGUGGUUUCAGUUCUCUGACCCUCGACAAAUCCCAGGACGCCUCUGUCGACCAUGAUGGCUCAUUCCAGGAGCUGCUGUUCUCUGCCUCUAGAGGUAACUGUGAAACCCCAAAUCUGGGAGACGCAAAGCGGCGUUCUCGCCUGCAGCGUCAGCACAGGCUGUCUACACUUAAAGAAGGGGGCUCUCAGUCCGAGGAGGAUCCAGCAGACAGAAAGCAUGAACAUCUUCAUCAGUGCCACAGCCAUUCCAAAGAAGAUGAUGUGUUUGCUGACCAUGCCACCCCUCAUAGUGCCCUUUCUGUUAAAUGUGGUAAUAAGAUGACCACUGAUAGUUUGGCCUCUGCAAAACAAGACUAUGCCACCCCACUAAGAGGAACUACAGCAAAGCCAGAAAACAUGACACCUUUUAGCACAGCUCCUGCCAAUCCAGAGGAAACCCCUCUCAGGACAACUCCAGUCAAUCUCUCUCUGACUCCAGCCUUGCAGCUAGUUCACGCAAUGUGUCAGCAGAGAGCCCAGAUGUUUGUCGGCCAAAGUCCAAACCUCAGGGAGCAGCUGAAGUCCACAGCUGCACUAACUGAGACCCGCAUGACAUUCAGGACCACGAUGCCAUUGGCAGGGCUGAUUGGCAGGAAAAUGGGCCUGGGGAAGGUGGACAUACUCACAGAGCUUAAGAAGAGGAACCUCAGACACAUACUGGCUGUCAUACUUGGCCAUCUGACCUCUGAAAGCAUCUACAGGUGUGGGCAGGUGUGCAAGAGCUGGAAUGAAAUCAUCCAACAAGACAAGCGAGCUAGUUUUCAGAGAAGAAACCACCUGAGUGAAGUGGAGACGGCUCUUGAGCAUGGUGGUGCUGUCCAUGUCCCCGAUGCAGAGACCAGACUUACUCUGCUAAAGAGGUCGGCCCUCAAGACUGUUCAGGCCCAGUCUAGGACCUCCAGCUACUGCACCCCGCAGUCAGGAAGUAGCACUUUAACCCCAUUACAGCACAGUGCCUUAAAUUCAGGCAGCAGCAGCAAACGGGAUAAAUUUCUUGAAGUUGCCAAAACCCUCUUCAGUGAUGAGUGCCUCAAGCCCUGCCCUCGAUGCCAGCAUCCUGCAAGGUGUCACUCAGUGAAAGGGGAGGGUGUGUGCAGCAGAGCUGACUGUGGUUUCCGGUUUUGCACAGCCUGUUUGUGUGCGUUCCACGGCUCUAGAGAGUGCGUCAGCCUGUCUGUAGGCCGUCACAAGAAGGAUGCGCUUCUUCCAGGAAGUGCUCAAAGCAAGCGAAAUGUUAGGAGACUAUGAGCAGAAAGCGAACUGCGUUCCUGUUUGCUGUGCCAAACUCACUUUAGCAUUUUUCUGUCCGAUGGAUAAGGCGAGGUUUAGCAAUAUGGAAACUGAUUUGAAGCCAGUACAUGAAAGCAACUUCUGUACUUAUCAAUGUGUCUUUGUGCCUGUCUGUAUACUGUAUUUACUCUCUUUUUUUCAACACUGUUCUUACUUGUGUUUUUAAUUAUGACUGUGGAGGAAGUCUCGAGCAGUGCGCUGACUAAAUUUUGCUCUUGAUGUACUUCUCCAUAUGCUUUGAUCAACUGUACAUAAUGUUUUUUUUUUGUUUUUUUUUUUGAGAUCUUCAACUUUUACCAAUCUGUUUUCAUAGCUGUUUUAAAAUAAAUUAGAUUUUUUAAAAA